UCCUCGGUAACCAGCCGGACAAGAUGGCGUCGGCGAUUCGAGCCGGGCCGCGGUUGAAGAGAGCGGUGGAAAGCGAGGAGCUGUGCGGGCUGAACGCAGCGCUGCGGGAUGAGCUGAGGGAGGCCGUGGAUUCCAAGGGCUCCCUGGUGCCCUUCAGUUUGCUGCGGAAGCUGCACAGCGGGCUGCGGGAGGCAGGGUUCCCCGUGUACCUCUACGAGCUCCUGACAGACAGCGACAUCGCCCUGCCCGAGGUGCCGGUACAGCCGCGGAACCCGGAGCUGGUGGCCAGGCUGGAGCGGAUAAAGGCCAAGCUGGCUAAUGAGGAGUACAGGAGGAUGACCCGCAACGUCACCGGGCAGGAUAUGAACCACGGGACAUUGGCUGAGUUUGGGAGGCAAGUUCGCUCUGUUAAAGCUGUAGUCGUCACCAUAUUCAACUUCUUUGUCACCGUGGUGGCUGCGUUCGCCUGCACAUACCUGGGCAGCCAGUACGUCUUUGUGGAGACAGCAGCGCGUGUCCUGUCAGCAGUAAUUGUGGCCUCAGUGGUUGGCUUGGCUGAACUGUAUGUGAUGGUACGCACAAUUGAAGGAGACCUUGGGAAACUAUAGCCACACACAUACCCAUCAGUGCUCUCUACAUGAGUCAUUUGUUUGGAGCAUCUGAUCUCUGGACUGUCACCUAGUAAAUGUUACCACCCCAGCACAGAGAAGCUUACAAGAUGUUGUUGUCUCAGUUACCCUGUAAAGUUUCUGUCUUUUCAUUACGGAAUUAAAUAACAGUGUAUGUUUUCAA